CACAAGCCUUAACUCCGCUCUCUCCGGAAUCGACACUCGUUCUGAUCACCCUGUAACCCGCCGCGAUGGAUCUGAACUGGGCACUGGACCACCUGUAUCAGUAUCCAUGGUUACCAGUCGGUACUGGAUUAUUGAUCGUCUUUGUCGGCUUGAUUGCGAUCCAGAGACUUCUCGCAAGUGGGUCCGAUUUCUGUCCAGAAGAUGUCCCGAAUACCGUUAUCCUGUACCAGUUCCAAAGAGGCCCCUAUGCCCCCAGCUUUUCCCCUUACUGCCUCAAACUGGAAACUUACCUGAGGAUGGCCAACAUACCUUACCAGAACGUUCACGGUAUGAAGAAAUCGAGUAAAGGGAAGAUUCCCUGGAUUCGCUAUAACGGCGUUUCCAAGGCGGACAGUCAGUUCUGCAUCGACUUCCUGAACAAGAAAUUUGAUGUCGACCUCAAUUUCCGUCUAGAUCGAGCCAAUCAGGCCGUUGCACGGGCAUUUUCAAAACUUUUGGAAGAAUCGUUGACGUGGUACAUGAUAAUAGAGCGCUGGCUAUACAACCAGGACAAGCCCUGGAUGUCUGAGGCGGGGAUUCCCCCCCUCGUGCGAUGGUUCAUAGGGCGUAAAGUGCGGACGGCGGCGUAUUAUCAAGGCAUGGGCAGACAUACGCGAGAAGAGCUCCAUGACGUCAUGAGGAAGGAUAUUGAGGCCUUGUCGGCUUUUCUUGGGUCAAAGAAGUUUCUUAUGGGGUACCAGCCGUCAGAAGUGGACUGUAUCGCGUUUAGCCUGAUAACUCAGCUGACAGUCAACAUGUCGGGGUCGAUAGCUGACGUUUUCAUCACAGAAAAACACCCUGAAUUAUUGGACUACUGUGAUCGGAUGAGGCGCCGAUUUUGGCCAGAUUGGGAGGAAUGCACUACAAGAGACAGGAGAACACUUCAGAAAUAUGGCUUCUUACAUUCGCAAUAACCUGGUCGUGGAUUACAGACUCUUGUCCGAGUGGCCAAUGACUGAAUUGCAGUAGGUUUACAGAAAUAUAAGAAUAUAACAGCCUAUGUCCUGUACUGGUUAUACUCGAAAAGUGCAACAUUUUAAUGAGAAACCGACGUUCCACUAUUACUUUCAAGACCCAUAACUGCUUGUGAAUACGGCUUCCAUUCUGAUAAGACUUCCCACUGUGCGCUGCGGAAUGUCUCCUGUCACAAUUACAGCACAC